AUGGCAUUUCAGAAGGCAGUGAAAGGAACUGCUCUCAUUGGAGGAGGUGCCAUAGCAACAGUUUUUGGCCUCUCUCAAUUUUCUCAGUAUAGAAACAAACACGGUACCUUUGUGCAUGUUCAAGCUGCGGAGGCUGUAACCGUUCCAAUAAGGAACCAUUUCCCCACAAGAGAAGAACAAAUUUUGACACUGCAAACCACAAGUGAAUUUGAUGUCCUUGUUAUAGGUGGAGGAGCAACGGGAUGUGGCUGUGCUUUAGAUGCAGUCACUAGAGGACUAAAAACAGCCCUUCUAGAAAGAGAUGAUUUCUCAUCAGGGACCAGCAGCAGGAGUACUAAAUUGAUCCAUGGUGGAGUGAGAUAUCUUCAGAAGGCCAUCAUGAAGUUGGAUUUUGAGCAGUACAAGAUGGUGAAAGAAGCGCUUGAGGAGCGUGCAAAUCUGCUUGAGAUUGCUCCUCACCUGUCAGCUCCUUUGCCGAUAAUGCUGCCUGUUUACAAAUGGUGGCAGUUGCCGUACUACUGGUUUGGAAUAAAACUAUACGACAUUGUGGCCGGAAGUCAAUGUCUGAAAAGUAGUUAUGUCCUCAGCAAGUCAAGAGCCUUGGAGCUCUUUCCAAUGCUACGUAAAGACGAGCUUGUUGGAGCUAUUGUCUACUAUGAUGGACAGCACAACGACGCACGGAUGAACCUCGCCAUCGCCCUCACUGCUGCCAGGUACGGCGCUGCCACGGCCAAUUACGCUGAAGUGCUGCGCUUGCUCAAGACGACAGACGCGGCCAGCGGGAAGGAGCGCGUGUGCGGCGUGCGCUGCAGGGACGUCCUAACAGGGCAGGAAUUUGAUGUCAAAGCCAAAUGUGUUAUCAAUGCUACGGGACCUUUCACAGACUCUGUGCGCAAAAUGGAUGAUCAGGAAGUACCAAACAUCUGUCAGCCAAGUGCAGGCGUGCAUAUUGUGAUGCCUGGUUAUUACAGCCCUGAUAACAUGGGUCUGCUUGACCCAGCCACCAGCGACGGUAGGGUGAUUUUCUUCCUGCCGUGGGAGAAGAUGACUAUUGCAGGGACCACGGACAGCCCGACUGAUGUUACUUCCCAUCCAAUACCGACAGAAGAAGACAUAAACUUCAUUUUGAAUGAAGUACGCAACUACCUUAGCGUGGAUGUUGAAGUGAGAAGAGGAGACGUGUUGGCAGCGUGGAGUGGCAUUCGUCCUCUGGUCACAGACCCCAACUCCAAAGACACGCAGUCGAUAUCCCGGAAUCAUGUCGUUACCAUUAGCGAUAGUGGCCUUGUCACGAUAGCAGGUGGGAAGUGGACAACCUACCGUGCCAUGGCGCAGGACACCAUUGACGCAGCUAUUCAGGCGCAUGAUCUGAAGGCAGGUUCCAGUAAGACCAUUGGCCUGCAGCUGCAGGGGGCUGAGGACUGGAGUCCCACUCUCUACAUUAGGUUGGUCCAAGACUAUGGACUGGAAAGUGAGGUGGCUCAGCAUCUAGCUUCAACAUAUGGUGACAAGGCUUUUGAGGUGGCCAAAAUAGCCCAAGUUACAGGAAAGAGGUGGCCUAUUGUUGGAAAACGUCUUGUAUCUGAAUUUCCUUAUAUUGAAGCUGAG